GCAUACAACCGGCACCUCUACGUUCUUGAUCUCCUCAUCGCCGCAGCGAUGGAUGUCAAUGCUCGUGAUCAGAAUGGCCUCACGCCCUGGAUGCUCUCUGUUGCCACAGGUCAUCACGAGGCCCUCUCUCACUUGCUAGCGAGGGGCGCGGACCUGUCGUACGACGUGGAUCUCUGGCAAUGCGAGAACAAAUGGGGAGACAAAGCCGUACCGAACGGACUUCACCUGGCAGCAUUCAGUGGUAGCUUGGAGUGCUGCCAGAUAUUCUUAAGCCGCAACCAAAAGGUUCACAGCACCAUGCUGACUGCUGCCAGCAUGAAUGGACAUGUCGAAGUAUUGCAGACCCUCCUCCCACAUGCAGACGACAUCAAUCAGAUCUGUGAAGGCGGCGGCCCCUUUCCCAUUGCGCUCCAUUCUGCAAGCUUCUGCGGCCAACUGGGCUGUGUGGAUCUCCUUCUUUCCCACCGGGCCUUGCCAGACCGUACCUGCAAUGGCGGAAAAACCGCUUUCUUCUGUUCCAUGGCGACUGGAAAUGAAGGUGUCGGCCGGCUCCUGCUUCGUUUUAGAGCAAACCCCUGGAUAAAGACUGCGGUUGAUGACAGCGUCCUGGGGGUGGCGAGUGGUGGCGGGCACAACGGCUGUGUGCAGAUGCUGCUGUCUCUUCGAGCAGACCCACAUGAAACUAACGGCGAAGACAAAGCCACGGCGCUGCACUAUGCAGCGCAAUGGGGGCGCGAGCAGACUGUGAGGCUCUUGGUCAGGAGUCGUGCAGAUCCGAUGGUGCAAGACGAGAAGCAAAUGACUCCACUGCACAAGGCAGGGUGUUUGGGGUUUAGGGUUUACGGUUCAGUGUUUAGGGCUCAGGGUGGGAUGAAGGUGGGGUAG